CUCAGUGCAGAAAUGUUACAUAUUUCAGCUGCAGCUUCAUUGCUCUUUGGGACAGGUUUUCUCCAAGUUGUGUUUUCGAUAACAAAUAUGCAGGCUCAUCCAGGACAAAGUGUUAGUAUGUGGUGUCCACACAAUAUUCAUGUUUCUGGAAAUCUGUACUGGUUCAAACAAACAGACAGUGCUGUGCCCAUUACUAUUCUGCGUAUAUCAUUCACAGAAAGUCAGAAGGUAGACAAAAAAUAUUUAAAUGACUUUACAAGAGACAAUCUAGUCACACAUCACUUUAACAAAAGCACCAACCUAACAAUUAAGAAUGUGAGCAUUUCUGAUUCUGGCUUCUACUUUUGUGGAACGGCGGGAGAUCAGAUGGAAUUUGGUCACGGAACCAGGCUUGAAGUGAAAGUAAAUGGCACAAUGGUAAAUGACUCAUACUGGUCAACUGUUUUAAAACAUUUAGAAAAGAAUGUCACAUCAGAGAAAAAUGGCACAAAAACCUCAGAAAAGGAUCAUGAGAAAUCACCCAUGUCUACUGAGGAGUGUUCUAGAAACGUCUAUUUCAUACUGACCCUCCUAUUCGGUGGAAUAAUUUUUUGUACAUAUGUUAUUCCUUUCAUUUUGGCGAUCAUCAAAAAAAGAAGACAGAAGCAUAAAAAAGUCAUUGAAUGUCAAGCACAACAGCAGGAUAACAAGGAAAAUGAUUCAGUAGAAUAUGCUGCUGUGUAUUUCUCAAACAAGAGACCAAAAAAAGCAGGAAGACAUUGAGGAUGCAAUUGUUGUGUAUACUGAAACUACAUGAAAUGUAAAACUUACUCAAGCUUAUUAUUUGUUCAUAAAUGGUUUAUU